ACGGAAGCAAACAACCUGGCCCAAAGUCUUCGAGAAUGUCUUUUGCGUGUGUACUUGGGCCGAUCAAGUCGUUCAAAGAGUCUUCAUCUCCUCGGUGGAAACUUCCCCCCUCCUCUGCCCUUCCUUUCCUUCCUUUCUCCGCUCCUUUCCUUCGAAUUCUCAAUUCCGAUGGCUUGCUUUGGGAUCUUUAAGAGUAUCAGGUUCAGUGCCACCGGCGAUUCGCCGGAGGAGCGCUGCGCCGCCGUCGCAAGCAGCUGCGACAAACACUUGAUUAGCUCCUCCAUCGCCGCCUCGGCCUUCGCCCGCACCACCUCCACGACCGACGCAAUCAGCAGCGGGAAGCACUCGACGGCGUCGGAGACGUCGUCGUCGCAGAGGAGCGUCCCGGACUUGUUCGAGGAGCGGGCGAACAGGCUCCGGGCUUUCGAGCUCGACGAGCUGAGGGAGGCCAUCGGCAACUUCGCUCAGCAGAACAAGAUCGGAAAGGGAGGGUUCGGCAGCGUCUACAAGGGGUUCCUCCCGCCACCCAACGGCGGAGGCGGCAGUAAUAUUCCGGUCGCCGUCAAGAAGCUCAACCAGAAGGGACUUGCAGGCCAGACUCGGCAAGGCAGACCUGCACUUCCUUUACAACCCAGAGGUCCUCCUUCAAUUGCUCGCCUGCGAGAUCCUGUGGACCGUGAGAAGACAUGCCCUCUUUUACUUCGAGUUUUCACGAAGAGUGGUGGCCACCAUCCGGCGGAAGAUUUUGCUGUGCGAGGAAAGGAGCCAAAAGAUGAGGUCCAGAUUUAUACAUGGAAGGAUGCGAAUCUCCGAGAACUUACCGACCUCGUCAAGGAGGUUUCUCAAGAAGCAAGGAAAAGAGAUGCCAAGCUCUCAUUUGCGUUCGUGUACCCAGAUAAAAAUGGUCGUUUCGUGGUGCGACCGGUGGGCAUGACCUAUUCCCACGGGAAUGGCAGGCGACUUGACGAUGCAAAGACUCUCGCAGAACUUGGCUUUCAGAUUGGAGACUACUUGAGUGUUGCAAUCCUUUAGAAGAGAUUUGUGCUAAUCUGUCUUAGCAGAUGAAUCUCUUCUCAUGGUCUCGUAGAUUGUUUACUUGAAUUGCUCUUGUCGGUGAUGUUUCGUCGUAAACUUUCAAAUUCUAAGGCUUGUUCUUCGGCUUUUAUUAACAAUCUAUGACGACGAAAAACUUCUAAGAUUGCAA